AAGGUAAAAGGUUCAGAUCUGUUCAUAUAUUGCAAAAACGUUUUGGGACACCCCUCCAAAUCAUUGGAUUAAGGUAAUCCAAUCACCUCAAUGGCCACAGGUUUAUAAAAUCAAGUACCUAGGCAUGCAGACUGCUUCUACAAACAUUUGUGAAAGAAUGGGUCGCUCUCAGGAGCUCAGUGAAUUCAAGCGUGGUACCUUGAUAUGUUGCCAACUUUACAAUGAAGUCCAUCCGUAAAAUGUUCUUGCUACUAAAUAUUUCAUGGUCAACUGUUAGUGCUGUUAUAACAAAGUGGAAGCAACUGAGAACACCAACAACUCAUCCACAAAGUGGUAGACCAUGUAAAAUGACAGAACUGGGUCAGCGCAUGCUGAAGCACACAGUGCGCAGAAGUUGCCAACUAUCUACAGAGUCAAUGGCUAAAGACCUCCAAACUUUGUGUGUCCUUCAGAUUAGCACAGUAACAGUGCGUGGAGAGCUUCAUGGAAUGGGUUUCCAUGGCCGA